GGGGCGGGGCGGCUGGGCGCCCUGCGGCGGCCUCGCGGUGCCUAGGUUGGGGCGGGCAUCCGUGACGCUCAGUCGCGCGGAGCCGGGCCGGGAGCGCGAGCGGCGGCGGCGGCGGCGGCGGCAGCGGCAGGAUGAACAGCAUCAAGAGCGUGCCGGCGCGGGUGCUGAGCCGCAGGCCGGGCCACAGCCUGGAGGCCGAGCGCGAGCAGUUCGACAAGACCCAGGCCAUCAGCAUCAGCAAAGCCAUCAACACCCAGGAGGCCCCCGUGAAGGAGAAGCAUGCCCGGCGCAUCAUUCUGGGCACUCACCAUGAGAAGGGGGCCUUCACCUUCUGGUCCUACGCCAUUGGUCUGCCACUUCCCAGUAGCUCCAUCCUCAGCUGGAAGUUCUGCCACGUCCUGCACAAGGUGCUUCGAGACGGACACCCGAAUGUGCUGCACGACUGCCAACGCCAUCGGAGCAACAUCCGGGAGAUAGGAGAUCUGUGGGGACAUUUGCAUGACCGCUACGGGCAGCUGGUGAACGUUUACACCAAACUCUUACUGACCAAAAUCUCCUUCCACCUCAAGCACCCCCAGUUUCCUGCAGGCCUGGAGGUGACAGACGAGGUGCUAGAGAAGACCGCUGGGACCGACGUCAACAACAUCUUCCAGCUCACCGUGGAGAUGUUUGACUACAUGGACUGUGAGCUGAGGCUUUCUGAAUCAGUUUUCCGGCAGCUCAACACAGCCAUUGCUGUGUCCCAGAUGUCCUCGGGCCAGUGCCGCCUGGCGCCCCUCAUCCAGGUCAUCCAGGACUGCAGCCACCUCUACCACUACACCGUGAAGCUCAUGUUCAAGCUGCACGCCUGUCUUCCAGCUGACACCCUGCAAGGCCACAGGGACCGGUUCCAUGAGCAGUUUCACAGCCUCAGAAACUUCUUCCGCAGAGCCUCGGACAUGCUCUACUUCAAGCGGCUCAUCCAGAUCCCCCGGCUGCCCGAGGGACCUCCCAACUUCUUGCGGGCCUCGGCACUGGCUGAACACAUCAAGCCGGUGGUGGUGAUCCCCGAGGAGGCCCCCGAGGACGAGGAGCCGGAGAAUCUCAUUGAGAUCAGCACAGGGCCGCCAGCUGAGGAGCCAGCGGUGGUGGCUGACCUCUUCGAGCAGACGUUUGGACCCCCCAAUGGCUCCUUGAAGGAUGAUAGGGACGUGCAGAUCGAGACCCUGAAGAGAGAGGUGGAGACGCUCCGUGCGGAGCUGGAGAAGAUCAGGCUGGAGGCCCAGCGCUACGUGUCGCAGCUGAAGGGCCAGGUGAAUGCGCUGGAGGCCGAGCUGGAGGAGCAGCGGAAGCAGAAGCAGAAGGCGCUGGUGGACAACGAGCAGCUCCGCCAUGAGCUGGCCCAGCUGCAGGCCGCCCAGCGGGAAGGCGAGCGCAGCCAGGGCUUGCGCGAGGAGGCUGAGAAGAAGGCCAGCGCCAUCGAGGCGCGCUACCACAAGCUCAAGGAGAAGCACAGCGAGCUCAUCGGCACGCACGCCGAGCUGCUCCGGAAGAACGCGGACACGGCCAAGCAGCUGACGGUGACGCAGCAGAGCCAGGAGGAGGUGGCACGGGUGAAGGAGCAGCUGGUCUUCCAGAUGGAGCAAGUGAAACGGGAGUCGGAAGUGAAGCUGGAGGAGCAGAGUGACCUGCUGGAGAAGCUCAAGAAGGAGCUGGAGGCCAAGGCCGGAGAGCUGGCGCGCGCGCAGGAGGCGCUGACCCGCACCGAGCAGAGCGGGUCGGAGCUGAGCUCGAGGCUGGACACGCUGAGUGCAGAGAAGGCCGCGCUGAGCAGUGAGGUGCAGCGGCGGGAGGCGGAGCUGCUGGCGGCCCAGGGCCUGGUGCGGGAGAAGGAGGCGGCGCUGAGCUCCGAGCGGCAGCGCAGCUCCCAGGAGAGCGCUGAGCUGCGGGGGCAGCUAGCGGGCAAGGAGUCUCAGGAACAGGAGCUACGGCGGAGGCUUCUGGACCAGCAGUUCGAGGUGCUGCGGAGCACUGCCGCCGAGGCCGAGCGCAUCUUGCAGGACGCUGUGGCCAAGCUCGAUGACCCCCUGCACCUGCGCUGCACCAGCUCCCCAGACUACCUGGUGAGCAGGGCCCAGGCUGCCCUGGACGCCAUGAGCGCCCUGGAGAAGGGCCAUGCCCAGUACCUGGUGUCCAGGUCAGACGCCUCUGCGCUGGUGGCAGCCCUGACCCAGUUCUCCUACCUGGCUGCAGACACCAUUGUCAAUGGCGGUGCCACCUCCCACCUGGCCCCUACCGACCCCGCGGACCGCCUGGUCGACACCUGCAGGGAGUGUGGGGCCCGCGCUCUGGAGCUCAUGGGGCAGCUGCAGGAACAGCAGACUCUGCACCAGGCCCGGCCCGGCCUGGUGCGGACCCCCCUGCAGGGCAUCCUGCAGCUGGGCCAGGAGCUGAAGCCCAAGAGCCUGGAUGUGCGUCAGGAGGAGCUUGGGGCCAUGGUGGACAAGGAGAUGGCAGCCACGUCUGCAGCCAUCGAAGAUGCUGUGCGGAGGAUCGAGGACAUGAUGAACCAGGCCCGCCAGGCCAGCUCUGGGGUGAAGCUAGAGGUGAAUGAAAGGAUCCUCAAUUCCUGCACAGAUCUGAUGAAGGCUAUCCGGCUCCUGGUGACAACAUCCACCAGCCUACAGAAGGAAAUUGUGGAGAGCGGCAGGGGGGCAGCCACGCAGCAGGAGUUUUAUGCCAAGAACUCUAGGUGGACCGAAGGCCUCAUCUCCGCCUCCAAGGCCGUGGGCUGGGGAGCCACGCAGCUGGUGGAGGCGGCGGACAGGGUGGUGCUCCACACGGGCAAGUACGAAGAGCUCAUCGUCUGCUCCCACGAGAUCGCAGCCAGCACAGCCCAGCUCGUGGCUGCCUCCAAGGUGAAGGCGGACAAGCACAGCCCGCACCUGAGCCGCCUCCAGGAGUGCUCCCGCAGCGUCAACGAGAUGGCCGCCAACGUGGUGGCCUCCACCAAGUCAGGCCAGGAGCAAAUCGAAGAACGAGACACCAUGGACUUCUCGGGCCUGUCCCUCAUCAAGCUGAAGAAAGAGGAGAUGGAGACCCAGGUCCGCGUGCUGGAGCUGGAGAAGACGCUGGAGGCCGAGCGCGUGCGGCUGGGGAUGCUGCGGAAGCAGCACUACAUGCUGGCGGGGGCGGUGGGGGCGCCCCGUGAUGAGGAUCUCGGCCGACCCAGCGCUGCCGCCCGCAGCGGGGCCUGCAAGAAGCCGCCUCUGGCCCAGAAGCCCAGUGUGGCCCCCCGGCAGGACCACCAGCUUGACAAAAAGGAUGGCGUCUACCCAGCUCAACUCGUCAACUACUAGGCUCCUGAAGGGUCUGCUGGGGAGGCUAGUGGGCAGGCCUGGGCCUGGGGUGGCUGUCCCGACUGGGCUCAGGAGCCUCCAAGGGGUGCAGCCCCCUGCCCCACAGCCAGGUUCGGUGUCCCCAAGGCCCCCAGGCCUGGCUGAACCCAAAGGAUCAGGGAUUGGGGCGGUUCUCCUGGACAUGAGUCUGUCUGCACCAGGUACUGGUGAGAGCAGCCAGAACCUAGCAGGCCUGAGCCACGGGUGUUCAGGAAAUAUAUGGAACAUUUGUAAUCUGAGCUAGAGCUCUCCUUCAUGAGUUUGGAUUCACCCUGGGAAGCAGGGCCCCUGGAGAGGGUGUUUGGGCAGGACCUCCCUGCCUUCUGAACUCAAGGUCUGAGGUUAAUACUGAAAAACCAGUCCUUGCUGGCUGCCAGGGUCGGAGGCAAGAUGUCACCUAGUUGUAGCCGCCUUGGGGCCCGGAUUCCGUGGAGACGGGCCCGGGUACGUGCCCAGACUCCUUGGGCCUCCCUCGGAGGCCUCCGUGUAGGGGAGCACAGAGGACGUGCCCUUAGUCUGGGGGCAGCGGCCAGAGCCCCCAGCUGGUGGGCACGGGUGCUGGCCUGCUGGCAUUGCCGGAGUCUGCUCCCAUCUGGGGCAAGCCUCCUGGUUCCUGGUUUUCAUGCCCCUGCUCACUGCUCCUGCCCUGGAGGCCCCGAUCUGCGGGUCUCCCAUCGCCCACGCCCUCUCCACCGCGCCCUCCCCUCACUCGGCCCAGCCUGCCCUCCCACAGCCACCGAAAGCCCGGGAACCAGGACGCCCACCCGCUGUCCGCCAGGCCGAGGGCGCCUUGUGCCGCCCCCCCCCCCCCCCCCCCGGGGCGGGGGCCGCCCGGCAGCCCCACUGCCCCCUUGGCCUGCCCUGCCCCCUGGGGAGGAGUUGCAAGAACCUGUGUUCCUGGAGCCCCCAGCCCGACGCCUGAGGAAAGGGCCAGCAGCCAGGGCCCCCGCAAACUCCUCCACCCCCGACGGUCCGGCCCCAGCCCUGGUUCCGAGAGGAGCAAAAGGACCAGCUCUUCUGCUUUGCCCCUCGCGCUACCUUGUUGGAAGAGUCAGGUCAGCAAUAAAGUGCACUUGGACUGUUGCCAGAGGGGCCGCGCCUGGGCUGUUCAUUUCUCCGGGGCCGGGACGCGCGACACGGGGUCGGGGACCGCUUAGCUUCUGCAGGGCACGGAGCGCUUGGAACCACAGAACUGGCUCGAGCUGCUUCUGCCGCGCAGUGCCCUGGCCUGUGUCCGGGGAGCUUUGGGGCUUGAGGCCUGGGGACAGACGCCGGUGUGGUGAGGCCCCCCGCCUGGCCCCCCGCGCUCUGGGGGGCCCCCAAGCCCCCCCCCCGGGGUUCCUGCCCCCACUCCCCCAGCCUGCUCGGAAACCUCACUGCUUCGGGAAGGGGAGGAGUGACCACGGAGUCCUUGCAGUUAAGAAUGGCCCCUGGUGGGGCUCGCUGGUGGGACUUGUCGGCGCGGCCACACCCAGCCUUCCCUCCGAGAACCUGACCGGCCUCGGGCUGUGCGGGCCCCCGCCUUCCCCGGGGGUGCGGACGGCUCCGGGCCGGGCGGGCUUGCCUUGGUGCGCGUGCCCCCUUCCCCCGCAGGUCACCAGCAUUUGUGGAAACCGACACGGUGCGGGUCCGAGAAGGACAUGCGGCCUCGGACGAGAGUCCCACUCCCUGAGCCCGGCCUUCCCGAAGGGUGACAUGGGGCCUGCCUCGCUGGCUCCGGGCUGGUUGGGAAACGUGGGUGGGGCUGUCAAAUGGAACCGGUGUCUGGUUCUCAUUUGUAAGGGAAAACGGCUUCAGAAAAGACAUGAAAGCAGAUGCUCAGUCCACCAAAUACAAACCAGUGAAAACUGCCCUGCGUGGACCACACCCGGUCCAGAGCAACGCUAGCCGGACUGACGUGAAGUCCUCCAGGAGCCAACCUUUAACCGGAAGCCCCGGGGUCUGCGCACCCACCCCCCACCCCCACCCCCACCGCGCCUCCCUGACCCCCUCCCAAGCACAGGGGCCUGGAGGAGGGAGGCGAGGAUCGGACGAGGCUGGGCUGCUGAGAAGCCACCACGAGCACAGCCCUGUCUAGCGAGCGCCCCCACGGGAGGCUACAGAUUUGGCUGGAAGCUUCCUAAGCAGCCCCUGGGGAAAGAGCAACUGUCAGACAAAAAUUCUCACCAAAGCAAACGGAUUUCUCGGGAGAAGCCUGCCUCUUCCUCCCAGGCCCACCCCAGCCGUGUCCCUGGCACACCCUCCCUGUGCAGGGACAGGCACGGGCCGGCAGCCCCCCGGAGGGGGCCGCACCAGGGAGGCUGACUCGGGACUGGUCUCGGCGCUCCUGUUCCGGCCAACGCAGUGCGGAAAGUCCCUUCUGGGGUGCAGCCCUGGAGGGUCCCUCUCCCAGCACCCAACUCCACCUGGGACCGUUCUGUCACCUGGGCCGGUGCGACCCUAAAGGGCCAGGAAGAGCCAGGGGUGUGGCCAGCGCGUCCGAGUUUGUUGGCACCCUCCAAGGAUCCUGGUGCUGGCUGGCUCCGGCCCCAGCCGAGAUGCUGCUCGAGUC